AUGUCUAAAUUCGAAGUUCUGCAGGAUCUAACAGAUGAUAUAGACGAACAAUCAUAUGAACGUGAACCUCGAAAGCCUGAUAAUUCAUGGCGUGUACAAAACGCGUCAGCUAGGCUUCCUAUAAAGUUACCGAAUGAGAAACACGUUGAUCCAAAAGCCUAUUAUACAUCAAAAAAAGAAGAGUUGGCUAAUGUUGCGCAAUCGAUUAUUGAAGAUCCUGAACAAAAUGUCGGUCAAUUGAGAAAGUUACGCGAGGUAUCAAAAGACUCCAAUGUUAUCGUGAAAAAAUUUGCGUUUUUGACACAAUUGGCUGUUUACAAGGAUAUUAUUCCUGGGUACCGAAUACGCGUGUUAACUGAAAAGGAGAAAUCUGUUAAGGUGUCCAAAGAGGUGAAAAAACUAAGAUACUUUGAGCAAAACUUAUUAGCCAAUUAUAAAGCAUAUUUGCAGAGUUUGCAGGACGCAGUGAAGGCCACCGAAAAGAGACCAAACAAAAAAGGAACCUCAGCUGCACAAGAAGAUCAAGAUGAUAUAGGAAAAAUAGCAUUACAAUGCAUGUGUACUCUACUAACCUCAGCAACCCAUUUCAAUUUCCGAUUGAAUUUGAUGAAUGCUAUUAUUGCGAGAAUGAGUACAAGGAAAUUUACAGAUAUGUUAGCAAUGUGCUGUGAUGCAAUAAUAGAGGUCUACAAAAACGAUGAAUCAGGGGAAGCAAGUCUUGACGCGGUGAAAAUAACCACACGAAUGAUCAAGGCCCAAAAAUACAAAGUGCAUGAACUAGUUAUUAAUACUUUUUUACAUUUACGACUUCGUGAUGAACUUGUUUCCAAUAAUGCAGCAUCAUCAUCAUCAGACCAACAACAGCCGUCCAUGAAGAAACGAAAAAAAGAACAUCAACACAUUUCGCGAAAGAUGCGAAAAUUAGAGAAAGAUCGUAAAGUUGUGGAGAAGGAGAUGAAGGAGGCUGAAGCUGUGGUUGAUCGAGAGGAUAAAGAGAAGAAACAAACAGAGACAUUAAAGUUGGUAUUUGCCACAUAUUUUCGCAUACUUAAACACUCUAAUGACUCGCCGCUAUUGUCGCCCGUACUAGAAGGACUAGCAAAAUUUGCGCAUCUUAUCAACGAUGGCGGUCAUCUGGAUGAUAACGAGGUUAUUGAUUCAAGACGUGUUACAACCCGUAGAAGUCUAUUGUGUGUGAUUACGGCAUUUCAACUAUUGUCUGGACAAGAACAAGAAUUGUUGAUGAAAGGAUUUGAGUUUAUGUUUUUUAAGAGACGACAGAUACCAAUUGAUAGAUCAGCCGCGUUCUUAAAACGUCUAUCUAUCGCGUGUCUUAAUUGGUCGAGUAAAGCAGUUUUGGAAUGUUUAAAUAGAAUGGAGAAAAUGAUUCAGAAACACCCGCGUCUUGAUGCAUUACUAACAACAGAAGACCGCCUCACAAAUGGGGUAUACCGUGCGGAACUUGACGAUCCAGAAUUGUGUAAUCCGUUUGCAACGAAUUUGUGGGAAUUGUGUUUAUUAGAGCAUCAUUAUGAUCCAAAAGUACGUCAAGCCGCGUCACAUUUAGCUAACUUUGAACAUCCUGCAGUUGCUAAUGGACGACGCGAAAGCAAAUCAUCUGCAUAA